AUGGGCGUCGACGCCCUGGGAGCAAGCGACCGAGCCGCUUUCAAGCUGGGGACGGGGACUUUGCGCAUCAUCCGCGUGAAUCAAGCCAUCGCUCGAUCCGCGAACUGGCAAUCCUCCUUGGACGCAUUGAAUCAGUUGGAGGUGACCUUGUUGCAGCCUACGGUGGUGACCUUCAACUCUCUCAUCAAGGUCUUCGCAGGUCGCUGGCGGGAAACCGUGCAGUGCCUGAGGGAGAUGCGUAUGCGCCGCGUUGUCUCGGACGAGAUCACCUGCAACACCUGCAUCGGCGUGCUCAGCAAGGCGCACUGGCGAAAGGCGCAGGCCCUGGCGGAUCGGCUGCCGGAGGCCUUCGGCGUCUGCGCCCUCUUGGCCGAGUCUGGGAAUUGGCGGGUCGCCAUGGGCGUGAUGACGAGAUGUGAUGCGGACACGGCCUGCUUCAACGCGUUGAUUCCUUUGAGUACCUGGGCCUUCGCGCUAAAGAUGCUCCAGAAGAUGCCGGCCCAGAGGGUGCAACCCAACAGGAGGUCCUGGAACGCCCUGAGCGCGCAGCUCGCGCCGCCGCAGUGGCCGCGCAGCCUGGCGCAGCUCAGCCGCAUGGACCUGGUGGGCCUGAACUCCCUCAUGAGCCUCUGCGAGAAGGCAUCCGCAUGGAAGACCUGCCUGCAGCUCCUGGUGUCUCGGAUACGGAUCGCGGAUAAGCUCAGCUUCAACUGUGCCAUCCUGGGGCUCGGGCAGUCCGCCUGGCGCCGCGGCCUCCUCUUGGUGGAGGACAUGAUGUGGCGCAGGGUCCAGCCGGACAGCGCCAGCUAUCUGGGCCUGUGCCACCGCGACAAUUUGGAGCUCCUGCCAAAGCAUAUGGCCGCACACCAGGUCUCACCGAGCGCUGCGCUGCGCGGGGCUCUGGUGGCCGCCUGCCAAGAGGAGGGCGACUGGCGCCAGGCCUUGCGCUUGGUGGUCGCGGGCGUUCCAGACGCUGCAGCCUGCGGGGCCGCGCUGGCGGCGGGGCAGAAGGCGCAAAGGUGGAAGGAGGCGCUGGCGCUGCUGCGUUUCCAGCGCCGGCGGCGCAUUGCGCUGGACGCGCUGGGCCUCAGCGCGGCGCUCGCCGCGCCCAAAAGGGCCAAGUGGCGCCAGGCGCUGGCGCUGCUUCGGGUGGGCUUGGCCUCUUUGGUGUCCCCGGCCAUCGCGGGCUACGCUGCGGCGGUGCAGUGCCUGGGCCGCUGGCGCCGCGCGGUGCAGCUGCUGGUCCAUGUUUUCGGGCAGUACACCUGA